AUGGGCAUGACACCCGGGCUCCGCACCGCGUCCUGGGUCACUUGCCUCCCACAGCCUUUAUUGGUGGGACUGUGCCGGGCAGGGAGGCAGUCUGCAGAGCCCAAGCUGCACGGCUCAGUGCCCGGGCCUCCGCGUAGUGACCAAAGGCCACCUGCACUCAGCUGCAUCUUCUCUUUCCCGCAGGAGAGCACCUGGCCAUACCUAUUUGGCGUGAUUGUCGUCCCCUCUGUCAUCCAGCUGGUGAGCCUGCCCUUUCUCCCCGAAAGCCCACGCUACCUGCUCUUUGAGAAGCACGACGAGGCAGGAGCUGUCAAAGCCUUCCAGACGUUCCUGGGCAAAGCCGAUGUCUCCCGGGAGGUGGAAGAGGUCCUGGCUGAGAGCUGUGUGCAGAGGAACAUCCGCCUGGUGUCCGUCCUCGAGCUGCUGAGGGCCCCACUCGUCCGCUGGCAGGUCAUCACCGUGAUCAUCAACAUGGCCUGCUACCAGCUCUGCGGCCUCAACGCGAUUUGGUUCUACACCAACAGCAUCUUUGGGAAAGCUGGGAUCCCCCCAGAAAAGAUCCCAUACAUCACCUUGAGCACAGGGGCCACUGAGAUUCUGGCUGCCAUCUUCUCUGGCCUGGUCAUUGAGCGCCUGGGACGGAGACCCCUGCUCGUUGGUGGCUUCGGGCUGAUGGCAAUCUUCUUCGGGGCCCUCACCAUCACACUGACACUGCAGGACCAUGCACUCUGGGUCCCCUACCUGAGCAUCCUGUGCAUUCUGGCCAUCAUCGCCUCCUUCUGCAGUGGGCCAGGCGGCAUUCCAUUCAUCUUGACCAGCGAGUUCUUCCAGCAGUCGCAGCAACCAGCUGCCUUCAUCGUUGCGGGCACCGUCAACUGGCUCUCCAACUUUGCCGUUGGGCUCCUCUUCCCGUUCAUUCAGAAAAGUCUGGACACCUACUGUUUCCUAGUCUUCGCCACAAUUUGUAUCACAGGUGCUAUCUACUUGUAUUUUGUCCUGCCUGAGACCAAAAACAGAACCCAUGCAGAAAUCAGCCAGGCAUUUGCCAAAAGGAACAAAACAAACAAGGAGGAAAACAUUGACCCAGCUGUCACUGACAAUAAGAUGAAUGGAGGGACUGAACCAGAUUCUUCCUCCGCAUUGUACAGUUCUGUCCAAAGCAAGAUCAUCUAAAUGGAGGAUAUCACCAUCUCAGGAAACCCAUUUCUGGAAGGCUUAACUGAUUGAAGCCAUGCAAGUCUUAUAUUAUUAAGUAUUUAACAGUAAACUUGUGCUAAUCUAAUAUCACAACCAUUUUGGCUUUGUUCACAACUGAAUCUCCCAUACUCUUCUGGAAGCUGGAAAGGAUCACCCUACAUUUCUAUAGACCCAACAUUCCUCUAUGUCAACUGUUAACUGCCUUCUUCAUGGUUUCAAAAUGAAAUUGGGAAGAGUAUUUGAAUGCUUUCUCCAAGAAAACUAAUCUGCUCUGUUAGGGGACUCAAUGGACUGGAAGUCAGAGACUGAGGUUCCAGCCAUGACCUGCCCUCAGCCUGGAUCCUGAGGCCUCGGGGCCCCUUGGCUUGGUCCUAGAUGUUGGCUUUCAGAAUCCAGUGGGAAGACACUUCAUACCGCCUCACAAAUGCCUGUUACCAAUAUUUGGCUCUUGCUGUGGAUCCAGGCUUAGGACUGCCCAAUACCAACCCACUCGCCUGCAGGUUUUGCCUUUCCCAGCCUGUGUCCAAGGAAUGGGCUCAGGACUUCCAGGGCUGAAGCUAUCUUUGCCUCGGCUAUUAGUCUCCUGUGUGCUCACAGAGGCCAUGCAGAAGGCCAAUAUGUGCAAGGCCUGGAGAAGCGGCUAGAA